AUGACCAAAAUUGAGACAGGAUGGUAUAUAAAUGCAUUGGUUGGAUACUCUGAAACAGUUCUGCUCAGCGUGGCUGUAGCUCGUGUGGUACCAUCAAGCCAUGUACGGCAUGAGGUGCGUGACGGGCUCUUGAACUCUCAUUGGACAAAGAAGAAUCGCAUUGAAGGAGCUACCACAGUUCCAGUGCGAGUUGGCCUGACCCAAAGCAACCUCGACAUUGGCGAAGCUUUGUUGAUGAAUAUAUCUCAUCCCAACUCAGAGCACUAUGGAAAACAUCUCUCAGCGUCUGAAGUGGACGAAAUGUUUGCGCCGUCAAAGAAGAGAAUAGAUGCUGUUACUAAGUGGCUCAAAUCAUCUUUGAACGACAGAGUGAUCAAUCUAUCUCGAAGUCGUCAAUGGCUGGAACUCAAUGCUACGGUUGCGGAACUCCAGGAACUCCUUCAUACCGAGUAUCACGAGUAUACGAGCAAAAUAUCAGGCAGGGCUGCUCUUGGCUGCCAAGAAUAUCACAUUCCAUUACAUCUUCGGGAUGGCAUCGACUUCAUCACACCUGGCGUUAUGAUGCUCGAGAUUAGGAAGCGGGACCAGACCUCCGUUCGCAGUUUUGGUCCGAUGGUGCCUAAACUGACACCUACAACGACUAUGCGACCGGAACAAUCCGGCAACCUUUCGAACUGUUCCUCUAUGGUCACCCCUGAGUGUGUCCGCGCGAUGUAUAACGUAGCAGAUAAACCCAAGGGGCACCCAAAUAAUUCAAUCGGCAUCUACUCAACCCAAGGGCAGCAGUACAGUCCGGACAGCCUCAGCAUUUUCCUCAAGCUUUUUGCACCUGAGAUCCCACAAGGCACGCAGCCAGAAUUUCAAGGCAUCGAUGGAGCGCCUACACCCACCCCGUUACCGUAUGACGCUGCAGAGGAGGCCGAUCUUGACUUCCAGGCGGCAUAUCCCCUUGCUUACCCAGCCAAGGUGGUUAAUUAUCUAGUUGAUGAUUUCUAUUAUGAGGCUGGCGGCGGUGGGGUCAGCGGCCUCUUUAACACUUUCCUCGAUGCUCUUGAUAAAUCAUACUGUACAUACUCUGCGUACGGUGGCUACGACCAGCCGGAACAGUGUGGUGCCUACACUCCAACCAAUGUUAUCUCAAUCUCUUACGGUGAAGAUGGGGGGAGCCUGCCGAUGAACUACCAGCGACGUCAGUGCAAUGAGUGGAUGAAGUUGGGCUUACAGGGCGUUACUGUCAUCGUAGCUUCAGGAGACGGAGGUGUGGGUGGCUUUGGCAGCUCUCAAUGCUCCGAUGGACCCUUUGUCACGAUACAACCGGCAGACUGCCCUUAUGUUACCGCUGUUGGAGCGACGAAUCUCACAACUAGCAGUAUUCGUGGUAACGUGAAGUUCUUAGAGAAGGCAGCAGGCUUCAGUGGAGGCGGCUUCUCCAAUAUCUUUGGGACACCAUCAUACCAAGCCAACACUAUCAAGUCAUACUUUAACAAUCACCCGCCACCCUACGACUACUAUAACAUCACGCUCAAUGCUACACACACGACUGGUCGGUAUAAUCGUGGCGGUCGUGGCUAUCCCGAUGUUUCCGCUAUCGGAGUGAACUUUGCUACAUGGGUUGGAGUUAAUGAUGGUAUCACGCUCGCAGCAGGGACGUCUGCAUCCGCCCCUGUGUUUGCAGGUCUUAUUACACGCAUCAAUUCGUUCCGCAUGAAUGCGGGCAAGAAGCCUGUUGGAUUCAUCAACCCAGUGUUAUAUCAACACCCCGAAGCAUUUAACGAUAUCACGAGUGGCCACAAUUCGGGCUGUAGUACUGAUGGAUUUAGUGCUGUCGAGGGUUGGGAUCCGAUAACUGGCAUGGGAACGCCCAACUACCCCAAGCUGAAGGAAGUUUUCUUGAAUAUGCCAUAG